CAGUCAAGUUCGAAUAACUCCGGCGGACGGUUGUAUAUAUCACGCGUGUGAUCAUUGGCCGCGAUAAUCAAAAAAAAGUUCAGUAACAUUUCGGUGAUCCGAUGGGAGUCUCAGAACGCACAAAACAAAUAAAUACUCGAAACAUUUGAUGGAUUUGUGAAAUUUUCGUCUGUAAAAAUCGAUUAAUUUCAGUGUAAAAAUUUAUUUUCGUCACUUUCUCGAGAAUAUCUUCAUUGAUCUAAUAAUAAAUCUUUGAUAGCUAUUGUGAAUCACUGUUUUGUGUCAGCGAAAUAUAAAAGAAAUCGUGAGCCUGAUUUUUUGGUUAAUUCACUCAGAGAGGAUUUUAAUUUGAUUUUUGUUUAUUUGAUUAAAAAACAAGAUCAAUAGAAAAAAAGGAAAUAUGACGAGUACGAAAAUUACAGACUACGAUAUCAAUAAACCAGACAAUUUACUUGCCGAUCUAAAGAAGACCUUAACCAAAACAACCAAUCAUUUGUCAUCAAAAGCAUCCGAAAAAGAUGUUGGAAUCGAUUCUGGUUUGCUUGAACCCCACUUAAACGGAGUAAAAACAGUUCGAACGGAAACCACAACGACGGACAAUAAUGUGAAGCCGUCAAAUCGUUCGGUACUUGGUUCACCGUCUUUGGUAAGAAAAGUCAUGAAUGAGUCGAGAAUUCGUGGUCAAAGUCCAACUCCAAAGGAACACGAGAUUAAAUUCGACAAAUUUGAUCAAAGUCCAAAGUUAACGCGUGAGGUUAAAUUUGAGACAGAACCAGUAUUGGAUUCUAUACCAAAGGCAACAACGACACGUACCUAUAAUUAUUCAAAGACUACCUCAACUACACGAAAUGCUACACCACUUAAAACGGAAAUUGUUGAAAUGGAUACAACUGAUUUGCCGGCUGAAUUGAAAAAUGCACCAAUUUCGAGUGAUUUACUACCACAACCAGGCACCAAAGUCACAACAACAAUUAAAACUUAUUCAUACCAAAUCCCAGACGAUACAAAGGUGCCAGAAAAUCUAACGUUCAAAAAUGAGUACUAUAAUUCGGAAAAGUCAUCAAACACCUACUAUCCAGAUAGUGGAACUCCACCUGGAUCGAAAAAAACGAUUUAUUCAAGUGAAACGCGCAACACAUCGAAACAAAUAAUUCCACCAAUCCCAGACACGGUCGGACCACAUCAAACGAAAUAUUAUUACAAAAAAGAAGUCAACGAAACAAAAAAUAAUGUGUACGCACCACCACCACUACCGCCAUCAAAUAACACGACUACAUGGUAUGAACGAAAUGAAACAAAGACAAACGAUGUAUUCCAUCCACCGAGUGGCAUCACAAGUUACACCCAAAACGUGAGCCAAAACGACAAUCUUCCACCAGGCACGAAGCAAACAUAUUUGUAUAAAAAGGAAACGACCAACACAACGAACACACUGUAUGAACCUCCACCACCGCCUGAACCGAAAACUGAAAAAUAUUAUAAAUAUUCAUCAACCACCACGACCACAAAUACACACAAUAGACCUGAACGAGAACCAAUCCUUGGCCCAUUCCCAACAGAUGGCAUUCACCAAACUCAAGUCGAUGAACCACCAAAGAACUUGAACCAAUUGAUGGCUACAUUUGAAGAGGAGAAUGUGAACGUUGAUGAAGAACCAUACGUACCGCGUAAAGAGAUUAAUACCGCAUUGGCCACAAACAAAAAUGCCCCAUCUAAAAAUGUCACAGGAGCACCUGUCUACUAUCCACCCGGUAAAGAGCUAUUUGCAAAAAGUGAAGCUCAAGGCGCACUAAGAGCAGGAGGUGGAUUUGGUAAAGGAAGUGGGAAGUAUGAGUAUGAAGCCGAGAGCAAGUCGAAGAAAGCUAGUAAAUCUGGUGGGGCUGUCGUUCCUGUAUGUUUGCCUCUAUGUUGCGCAAUGCCAUGUUCCAUUAUGUAACGGAAAUGCCAUGUACUUGAGGCGAAAAAACAAAAUCAUCUGUAUAAAUUUCAAAAAUAACACUCGGACGCAAAGCAUUUUGUCUAUUAUUUUUUCUGUAUUAACAUUUGCAUUUUAAACGAAAUCUGUAACAAAAAUCGAGAUAAAAAUGUCAUU